AACAAAGCAACUGUGACCGCUUGCUGCAAGCUUGUCGAGGACAAUGCCGGACAACCAGAUUUUCAAGGCUACAUACAGUGGCAUUCCCGUCUAUGAGAUGAUGUGCAAAGGAGUCGCCGUGAUGCGGCGGCGGUCAGACUCCUGGCUCAAUGCCACCCAAAUCCUGAAAGUCGCUGGUUUCGAUAAGCCUCAAAGAACCCGCAUUCUUGAGAGAGAGAUCCAGAAAGGAGAACAUGAGAAGGUACAAGGUGGCUACGGAAAAUACCAAGGCACCUGGAUCCCCCUUGAACGAGGGCUUGUCCUAUGCAGGCAGUACGGCUGCGAAACCGCUCUGAAACCAAUCAUCGACUUCCAACCCGAAGCGAAGAGCCCUCCAUUAGCCCCGAAGCACCUCGUGUCUGCCCAAUCCUCCAAGGCCAGCAUACGUCGUGGUGGUGAGCCAACAGGUGAUAUCCCUAUCAGCACCCGAUCCUCAAAGCGAACAGGACAGGACGGCGAUGGUACCGAUGUCGACACACUAUCCGUGCGCGGCUCAGAGGACGGGACAAUGACCCCUUCUCCCUCCGAAGCUUCUUCGAGCUCCCGAACGCCAUCGCCUAUUCGCAGCAGCCCUGGCCCUUCAGCGUCCGCGUCCAACGCUAUGGAUGAAGACGAUCGCUCACCUUCUCCCAUGCCUAGUCGCAAGCGGAAACAUCGUCAGCAGGACGAGGAAGAGGAGAGCGGCAACGAGGGAUACGCGGCAAACGGGACGGAUCAGGCGGCCUAUGGCGACCAAAUUUUGGAGUACUUCAUUUCCGACUCGAAUCAGAUACCUGAGAUCCUCAUCAACCCGCCACCGGACUUCGAUCCAAACAUGUCCAUCGACGACGACGGCCACACCGCUCUGCACUGGGCAAGCGCCAUGGGACGCAUCCGAAUAGUCAAGCUCCUGCUUACCGCCGGGGCAGACAUUUACAGAGUGAACAAGGCCGGCCAGACGGCCCUCAUGCGCAGCGUUAUGUUCGCCAACAACUACGAUGUCCGCAAGUUCCCGGAGCUGUAUGAGCUCCUUCACCGUUCCACGCUCAACAUCGACAAUAGCAACCGGACCGUCUUCCACCACAUCGUCGACGUCGCGAUGUCUAAGGGCAAGACGCACGCCGCGCGGUAUUACAUGGAGACCGUCCUACAGCGGCUCGCCGACUUCCCGCGCGAACUCGCGGACAUUAUCAACUUCCAGGACGAGGAUGGGGAGACGGCGCUGACGAUGGCCGCGCGCUGCCGCAGCAAGCGGCUCGUGAAACUCCUUCUCGACCACGGGGCAGACCCGAAGAUCGCGAACCGCGACGGCAAGACGACCGAGGACUAUAUCCUCGAGGACGAGCGGUUCCGGUCGUCGCCCGUCUUACCCUCCAGCCAACUGCCUUUGCGCAGCGUUGACGGCCCCGCCACCACUGCUGCUAUCACCGCAAACGGCCCCUCCACGUAUGCCCUGUUGACGCAGGGUGACCGCCCAUCGCUACAUUACUCAAUUACGGGACAGAAAGCGGCUACGCGCUGUGUGGGCGACAUCACGAUGAUGCUCGACAGCCUCGCCGCGGCGUUUGACCAGGAGCUCAAGGAGAAGGACCGCGAUCUGACGCAGGCGAACGCGCUCUUCACCAACAUCCAAUCCGAGAUUCUCGAGUCCCAACGGACCGUCUCGCACCUGAAGACCCAGGCGCAAGGACUCCCUGCGGCACAGCAGACGGUCAAGCAGCUGGAAGGCGAGCUGCGCGGGAAGAUGGGAAAGCGGUUCAGGCUGGGGUGGGAAAAGUGGAUCAAGGACGAGGAGGAUCGUGAGCGGGCGAUCCGGGAGGCGGCUGGGGGACAGCUCAAGUCUACAUCUGGAGAGCCCGUGUCGGACCUGCUCGCGCUCCAUGCGAACAUCCCGACGGACCCGGAGGAGCUGCGGAAGGAGUGCGAACGGCUGCGGGAAGAGCUCACGGGGCACAGGGCCCGGCGGAAAGGCAUGUUCGACCAGCUCGUCAAGUUCCAGGCGGAGGCGGGGACUGGAGGGAGGAUGGCUGAGUAUCGACGGCUGAUCAGCGCGGGGUGCGGAGGGAUACCUCCGGAGGAGGUCGAUGGCGUCGUGGGCAUGCUGCUUGAGACUUUAGAGGCUGAGGAGCCGAGCUCUUCGACGGCGUGGAACGGGUCGGCGCGUGCGGGAUUGCCGGUGGGCUGAAUGUAGCACUUAUGCAGGUCUCUCUGUUGUACUCCUACUUUAUUGUGUAUUGCUUUGGAUCGUUUGGGGCGGCCUCGUUG